ACGUUUUACUUCCAUCCCUAGCCCGCAGGUUAUAAGAAAUUCCUGUUUGUUGAGCAAAACGAGAAAAAAAUUGUGGUUCUUGCUAUGAUAACAGGAAAACUAACACCUCCCAAUUAGCCCCAUCAACAGACAGUAAGAAGGUAAAGGAAGAGCUGGAGAAGCCCUAAUUAUGGCCCAAUUAAAAAAGCUCUACUUGAGCUCCGACAUCGAAGGUCUGGAGAAGAUGUCAAUCAUUCCCGAUUGUCGCAACAAGAGCAUGAAAAUCCUGCUCAACACCGCCCGCAAACUGUACAUGAAUGCCGAAGAAAAACGCCUGGAUGGCGACGAGGAGCAGGCCUACAUCGCCUACAUGAAGUACUUCAACAUGCUGCACGCUAUUCACAACAAACCGGACUAUGCUAACCACAAGACGACAGUGCGCCAGAUGCUGGGCGAUACCGCGUCGAAUCGCCGCAUCAUGGACUCGCUAGAGCUGAUAACCCAGUCUCUGUCGCUUCGCUAUGAGCAGUUGCAUAGCUCAGCGGCGGAACCAAUUGCUGCUUCAAUCGUCGCCAAUGGGCAGGAGCCAGAAAGAUCGACAGGAGAAUUGCGUUCAAUCUCGCCACCCACGACGACUUAGGGUGAUCGUGCCAUUCGG